CAUGAUACUGGAUCUUCGUUAGGGCCAGAGCAGAGCCAUGUUGUGUUCCCUUUUUGACCUUUGAUAUUCGGGUGAAACAGCCAAGGAGCACACGCUAAACCACUUCCAGCUAGUCUGAGGGCUUGGCAGGAACCGACCGACCGUGUACCCGCCGCUUCGGGCCGCCAUGUCAAGUCAAUCGCCCCUGCCAUUUGUUUGCCAUUAUUUGCAUCCGAGCAAGACUCAACAACCCGACCCUUUGUAACCUUCAUUCAUUCAUUUUUUUCCCCUUUACGUCCAUUUAACCAAGUCAUUCCUUAUCUACUCCGUACUACUACCUGAGUUAAUUUGACAACCCUCUGUUCGACACUCGCUUUUAUCUUUCAGCUUAGUUCUGCUGCGCAGCUUUCGACGAACUUCGUUUCGAAUCAAAACGAACCAGCCUCUGUUUCAAGAACAACACCAGCCUCGUGCUUUUUCUUAGUUACGGUAACUAGCAAUCCGGAAAAAAAAAACCGUCAAAAUGUUUGCCUCUAAAUUUGUCUUCUUCGCCGCCCUGUUGGCUCUAUUCAACGCCGUCAUCGCCGUGGCCCCUGGUUGUCUUAUUGGAGCUAUCAACACCCAAAAGGACCCUCUUGACUUCAAGAAUAUCUGCGCCAACAAGGAUGUCCAGCGCGAAAUCGUGAAAAUGUGCCCGGAGGGUACCGUGAAGGAUGCUCUGAAAUCGUUCUCAGACUCUUGCGCUGAAGCUGGUCAGAAAGUUUCACUCAUCGAUAUCAGCAAGCCGAAUGGCUCUCCUGGUGGCUCGAAUGGUGGUGGUGAUGACGAUGGUGAUGAUGAUAAUGGCAACGGCAGCGGUGCCAAUCCCACCACCAGCUCCCCUGGUUCCUCACCCACCGAUGAGUCCGCCGGAUACGUACACAAUGCCAACUCUUUCACCGUCGCAGCCGUCGUCGCUUUCGUUGGGCUUGUCUCGACUAUGUGAGCACAGCAGGUGUAACAUAUUAAACAAGCGCACACUACGCCAUCUCGCACCGUACCAUAUCAGAUAAAUAUAUUUUUGCGUUGUUUGCUUUUUUUUAACCUCUUAAAGCAUUACUGUCAUAAGAGAACGGGGUAUGGCCAGGGGUUUUCCUCCUUUUUUAUAGACGUGGCCAAAGUCACUUAUUUUCUUAAUUUAUUGUCCUCUCCCUUACAAUCCAAGAUUUCCUUACUUUGUAUCAUUUAUUCGUCAUUGUGCUAGGUUGCUUUUUCGGGUAUUGCAGAUUAUACUAUCUUUCGUGGUCGCUUUAAUACCGAUAUUUCAAAUCUAGAGAUAUUCCUCCUGGCUCCUCGCUCCUCUGUAUAUUCUACUUCCCUGGAGAAAUUUGGAUUGAGCUCUUAUCCGAAAACUAUGGACAUUUGUAGCGGGAAAUCGGAACACAGUAAAAACCACAUAUAUCUAUAGACAAUUAAUGUCAAUAAUUUUCAAGCUA